UGAUCAGUCAGUUUGCUCACUUCACUGAGUCGGCCGUGAUCGUAUCCAUCUGUCCCUUCUGCCCGUUUGGCGUUUUCCCAGGAUGGCAGGAUGCCCUGGCAUUAUUGUCAACAUUGUACGGCCAGUACACUGAAUGGAUCGUCCCGAGAGUUUAACUGAUAGUAAUUCCCGUCCACUUGAUACAGUUCCCCUUAUUGAUCCCCACAACGACGACGACGUGCAGGCUGAUAAUAACCAGCAAUCUGUUCUGCUAAUCGAAUCGGACCCGUCCCAUUCCCCCUUGGAUCCUCAUCUUCACAUCCCUGAGCGCAGUAGAAUGCCCGCCCCGGGAGCAUGGAGCACGUAUCUCCUCCCGGAGGAGCUGCGGGGCUUCAAGCGCUACAAAUACUCCGCAGUCGAUACUUCCCCCCUGUCGAACUACGUCAUGCAUCCCUUCUGGAACGCCCUCGUCCCCUACGUUCCCCGCUCCAUCGCCCCCAACACCCUCACCCUCUCGGGGUUCCUCUUGAUUGUCCUGAACUUUGCCGUCCUCUCCUACUACGACUAUGAUCUAACGGCGGCGGGGAAUCCCGCCCACUUUAUCCCGCGGUGGGUGUGGUGGUUUGUGGCGUUUAAUCAUUUCUGGGCGCACACGUUGGACGGGCUGGAUGGGAAGCAUGCGCGCCGCACCGAGUCCAGUUCCCCGUUGGGGGAGCUGUUUGAUCACGGGCUGGAUUCGUGGGUGACGACGCUGCACUGUCUGUGUCUGUAUUCGGUGUUUGGACGGGAGCCGGAGUACGGGAUUCCGACGGUGCGCAUGUUCGUGGCGUUGUGGCUGAUGCUGGUGCUGUUCUCGCUGUCACAUUGGGAAAAGUACAAUACGGGCAUCCUAUAUCUACCAUGGGGCUACGAUUUCAGCCAAGUGGUCGGCCUGAUCGUCUACAUCAUCACCGGGAUCUGGGGCCAGGGGGUGUGGCAUAUGAAGCUGCCCGUGUUGGGCAUCAGUCCGGGAGUGGGCUUUGAAUUAUCCCUGUACGCGGGCGCGGUGUUCUUGACCAUCCCGACGACACUGCGCAAUAUGUACCGCGCGUACGCCAAUAAGACACUGAAGCAUAACAGUUUUGUGGAAGCCAUGCGACCGUUGUCGCCCAUCACGAUCCUGCUGGUGGUGACGUUAUUGUGGGGAGUGCUGUCACCGAAUCGGAUUCUGUUUACGGAUCUGCGGGCGUUUUCGUGGAUGACGGGAACGGUGUGCUCCAAUAUUACCUGUGCGCUGAUUAUCACGCAGAUGAGCCUGACCAAAGCCCGCUGGUUCCAUUGGCUGCUGGUGCCGGUGAUUUUGGCAUUUACAGGUGUUAUGGGACUGUCGGUAAUGGUCGAACACGAGCUGACCACCGUGUACGCCCUGACCGUGCUGGUGACCGUGGCGCAGAUCCAUUACGGGUUCUCCGUGGUGCACCAGAUGGCCAGUUUCCUCAACAUCUACGCCUUCUCCAUCUCCAAGCCCCCGCUGCAUACGCCGCGCGGCAGUCUGCUGGAGCGCAUCGACGAGGACGUGGACAACGGGAAGACCGGGAACCGGCAUUAGGGACAACGGUCUGUGCGACGAAACAAGUCUGGCCCUGACUGGUUACUAAAGCGUUGGAUUAGUUGUGAAAAGUUGCUGUUAACAUGUCCCGAGUUGAUGUGGUUAUUAAAGGUGCCAAGAGAAAGUCCGGUAGAUUUUGUUUUUGUCGUUGAAUUUUUUGUUGUUGUGAUGACGAGGAAUAUUGUGAGAAGAUGACUCAAAUCGAUGGUGUUUAUGCAAAUUACAAUGAAUUGUUUCUAGUCGGUUG